UGUGUUAAUAAGUACAUAAAUAAAUAUUAUAUGAUGCCUUUUCGCAUUAUUGCAAGGUAUUUGGCAAAUGAAAAUUUGGUUAAUCAGCUUGCAAACACAUAUAUGAUGCGUCGCUUGGCUCAAAUAACAUACUCUGUUGCUAUGAGAGCUACAUACACCGACAAUGAUAAUGGUCACACUUGUAUUCUUAGCCAUUCAAAUAGAAUCUGUAUAGUGACAUUAGCGGAAGAUCAUAAGGCAUUAUUAGAAGGCCCUGUUCAGUCAAUCAGUUAUAAUAUAGGAAAUCGAGAUUAUAAAUACAAUGACGCACAUGGAAAAAAGAAGAAAAAUGCAUUCAAAGUAACUCUUAACACACCUAUUUGCAAAAUAACAUCAGCUAAUGGGACAGAGUAUAAAAUAAAAUGUGGUGUAGUUGGACGGCUAAUGGAAAUUAAUGACAAUCUACUUCAAGACAUUUCUCUUCUAGAUAGAAAGCGUGAAACUGAAGGCUACAUUUGCAUUUUGCUUCACAAAUUUUGUUCGGCAAAUGAGUUGUGUUCAGGUCUGCUUAGUCACGAACAGUACUUGAAAACUUUGGAUUUGUUGCACAAUAAUUCUAUUGAACGAGAUGACAACAAAAGAAAAUACGAUGAUAACGAUUGUGAUAGCAACGCUUCUUCAAAACGUUUAUGUAUCCAGUGUCCUGAAUAGUACAUUUUAUUUA